GAGAGAGACGCGUUAAUCUCCAGGGAAAUGGGCAUGUUUGGAAUAAACGGAACCAGUCAGCAAGCGCACUAUAAUAUUCCAGUGGCUGUGGAAGAAGUGUUUCCAGAGAGAGAGAGAGGAAGGGAGAGAGAGAGAGAGAAGGAAUAUGAGGGCAGUACUCAAGAUGAGCCUGCGCUUUGAGGCUGUAAAACACUAGACCCUGAGGGCAUUCUCUGAGGAAAUCUGACUGUGCAAGAGAAAAGAAAAGUGAGCUGGUAUCUGCCGGUUCAUAUCGAUGCAUUGGGCGUCCAGCUGAGAUGCCGCGACGCUGACGGUCCUGCCCCGUCUGUCGAACCGGACCAAUGAUGAUAAUGAAGAUGAUGAUGUCCACACGGCGCGUGUAGCGCUAAAUCACCACUACCGGACCCUUACGAGACACUCCACUCUGAUCCGCGCUCAUUCAAACUUCAGAUGGACUGCCUUCACUCUGCACUGACCAGUAAAAUGAAUUGGAUCACGCUCCUGCUGGCCGGCUUGACUUUUUGGGGCAAAGUGUCCUUGCACAGCUGCUUAGAUUAUGAUGACAGUUAUGAUUAUUAUGAAGAGGAUAAAACAGAACCGAUAGACUACAAGGAUCCCUGCAAAGCUGCUGUAUUUUGGGGAGAUAUUGCCUUGGAUGAAGAGGACUUGAAAAUGUUUCAGAUCGAUGGAACGAUAGAGCUUUCACAGCAGUCACAUGGGAGACAGGGACACACGUCGGGUGGUCUAGGAGAGCAUAAUCCCAGUAAGAAGAGAGGUUCCUUAUAUCUGUUGCUAGACAGAAUACGACGGUUAGGUUUUGAGUCGUGGCCGGUGAACAGCAGUAAAGAUGUGUCGAGCUCCAAAGCUGGAGGGAAGAGUGUAAACAGCGGCAGAGGUGUGAAGUCUCGAGUGCCACGUGCUGCCACAUCCCGAGCUGAGAAGAUCUGGCCCGGAGGUGUCAUCCCUUACGUCAUAGGAGGCAACUUCACCGGAAGUCAGAGGGCCAUGUUAAAGCAAGCAAUGAGACACUGGGAGAAACAGACAUGUGUGACCUUCAUCGAGAAAACUGAUGAGGAGAGCUACAUCGUCUUCACCUACAGACCCUGCGGGUGUUGCUCUUAUGUCGGCCGUCGGGGUAAUGGUCCCCAGGCAAUAUCCAUUGGGAAGAACUGUGACAAGUUUGGCAUUGUCGUUCACGAACUUGGACAUGUAAUUGGCUUUUGGCACGAGCACACACGACCUGACCGUGACGAUCAUGUGACCAUCAUUCGGGACAACAUCCAGCCAGGUCAGGAGUAUAACUUCAUUAAGAUGGAACCAGGGGAUGUCAACUCUCUUGGUGAGCCGUAUGAUUUUGACAGCAUCAUGCAUUAUGCCAGAAACACUUUCUCCAGAGGAAUGUUUUUGGACACGAUUCUUCCCUCUCGUGAUGAGAAUGGUGUCAGGCCUGCUAUCGGUCAGAGAACUAGACUCAGCAAAGGAGAUAUAUCCCAAGCCAAGAAGCUAUACAGAUGUCCAGCAUGUGGUGAAACACUGCAGGACUCACUGGGGAAUUUCUCAUCUCCAGGAUAUCCUAAUGGAUACCCAUCAUAUACACACUGUGUAUGGAGGAUCUCCGUCACACCUGGGGAGAAGAUAGUGUUAAACUUCACCACUAUGGACCUCUACAAGAGCAGCCUGUGCUGGUAUGACUACAUUGAGGUUCGUGACGGAUACUGGAGGAAAGCGCCAUUGCUGGGUCGCUUCUGUGGUGAUAAAAUUCCAGAAGUGUUGGUCUCUACCGACAGUCGGAUGUGGAUUGAAUUCCGCAGUAGCAGCAACUGGGUUGGAAAGGGAUUUGCAGCAGCCUAUGAAGCAAUAUGUGGAGGGGAGAUCAGUAAGGACUCUGGACAGAUUCAGUCUCCAAACUAUCCAGAUGACUACCGUCCAUCUAAGGAAUGUGUGUGGAGGAUCACAGUGUCUGAGGGCUACAGCGUGGGCUUGAGCUUUCAGGUCUUUGAGAUCGAGAGGCAUGACAGCUGUGCAUAUGACUACCUAGAAGUUAGAGAUGGACUAACUGAGAACAGCCCUCUGAUUGGUCGAUUCUGUGGCUAUGAUAAACCUGAAGAUAUCCGUUCCACCUCUAACACCCUCUGGAUGAAAUUUGUCUCUGAUGGGACGGUUAAUAAAGCAGGCUUUGCUGCAAACUUCUUCAAAGAGGAAGACGAGUGUCUGAAGCCAGAUAAUGGGGGCUGCGAACAGAGAUGUGUUAACACAUUAGGAAGCUUCAAAUGUGCCUGUGAUCCUGGAUACGAACUGGCCCCUGACAAGAAGAGCUGUGAAGCUGCAUGUGGUGGCUUGCUGACUAAGUUGAACGGCACAAUUACUACCCCAGGUUGGCCUAAGGAAUACCCUCCCAAUAAGAACUGUGUGUGGCAAGUGGUGGCUCCCACUCAGUACCGCAUAUCCAUGCAGUUUGAAACCUUUGAACUAGAGGGAAAUGAGGUGUGCAAGUAUGACUAUGUUGAAGUGCGGAGCGGUUUGUCAUCUGACUCGAAGCUUCAUGGGAAAUACUGCGGUACGGAGGUUCCUGAGGUUAUCACCUCCCAGUACAACAACAUGCGAAUUGAGUUCAAAUCCGACAACACAGUCUCCAAGAAAGGCUUCAAAGCUCAUUUCUUCUCCGAUAAAGAUGAAUGUUCAAAGGAUAACGGUGGAUGCCAGCAUGAGUGUAUUAACACUAUUGGCAGCUAUGUGUGCCAGUGCCGCAAUGGCUUUAUUCUUCAUGAGAACAAACACGACUGCAAGGAAGCUGAGUGUGAGCACAAGAUUCACAGCACAAGUGGAACCAUCAGCAGUCCGAACUGGCCUGACAAAUACCCCAGCAGGAAGGAGUGCACAUGGGACAUCACCGCAACCCCAGGCCACCGGGCCAAGAUUUCUUUUAAUGAGUUCGAGAUUGAGCAGCACCAAGAAUGCGCAUAUGAUCACCUAGAGGCCUUUGACGGCGACUCGGACAAGACGCCUAUCAUGAGCCGUCUGUGUGGCAGUAAGAUUCCAGAACCGCUCAUUUCCACAGGCAACAAGAUGUACCUGCGCUUCAUCUCCGACGCCUCAGUGCAAAGGAAAGGCUUCCAGGCCACUCAUUCCACUGAAUGUGGCGGUAGGUUAAAAGCAGAAGCACGGCAGAAGAACCUGUAUUCUCAUGCUCAGUUUGGGGAUAAUAACUACCCCGGCCACACCGACUGCGAGUGGCUCAUAACGGCAGAGUCGGGUUAUGGCAUCGAGCUCACCUUCACCACCUUUGAGGUAGAGGAGGAGGCUGACUGCGGGUACGACUACAUCGAACUUUACGAUGGUUACGACACUGGAGCGCACAAACUCGGACGCUUUUGUGGAUCUGGGCCUCGUGAGGAGCUUUACUCUGCUAGCGAUGCAGUGUUGAUUCAUUUCCACUCUGAUGACACAAUCAGUAAGAAAGGCUUCCAUAUCCGCUACACUAGCACAAAGUUUCAGGAGGCGCUACACACACACAAGUAACAUCUCCCCGAGAGGUGAAAGAGACUCCAGAGAGACUAAGUACAGGGAUACAAUUUUACAACAAAGAAAAACAGACUCCAGAGAACUAUUGAGAUUGAUUUAUGUCAAUGAGAAAACCUGCCGUGAUGUUUCCUGCAUUGGAUUUGCCUCUUUAUGUUCAGCCACUACGGAAGUGCUGUCAUAUUGACCCUAAACACCAAUCAGCUGCUCUUAUGUGUAGGAUAGCUCCGCCCACUGGAGUGGUAUCCUGCGCUCUCUGACUGGACCAGUGUAGUAAAUCAACCCCUGGAAAAAAACACACACUCAUAUACAAAAGAUUUGUUGGCUCACCGUUCUUCAGAUAAGCCAGUUAUAUAUAGAGUUGCACACUGAAACUAAGACACAAUGACAAUAAGACAACAAGGAACUGCUAUUGUGUGUGUGUGCAUUUUGCUCUGGACAGCAUGGACAGUUUGGCUGCUGAUGCCACACCACACUGUACCUCAAAUAAACUAUGUGUGUAUGUGGAUGUGUGUGUUUGAGAGAGAGAGAGAGAGAGAGAGAGAGAGAGAGAGGCCUUCAAAUACCAGCCUGAACUCAUUCAAAUGUUUUAAAAUUUAUGUGGUUGUAAUUUUACAAUUAUUCUGUUAGCUUUAUGGCAAAACCCAUUUUCAGAAGUGCAAAAGUAAAUAUGUAGCCCUAUUUAACAAUAAGCUUCCUUGCAUACAUGUAGCCCAUUGUUUACGCUGUGAUGACAUAAGUGGUUAGAACUACACGACAGUGGGUCUUAUUCACAAAGCGUGCAUGCACAUGAAUUUGUGCGUGAAAUCUGCGCAAACAUCAUGAUUCAACGAUAACUUUCAUGCUAAGAUUUAUUGUACGUAAAUCACAUGCUCUGGGUGGCCUUAUAAUCGUGUUAGGAUGAAAUGUUAUGAAUAGAUGUUUAAUCUUAAAUAUAUUUCAUCAUAUACCUUGAAAAGCAGCAUUAUAGUUCAAGUUGAGAGGUUUCUUUGUAUAACAAUGCAGAUACAUGUAUGUACAGCUGGGUGUCGAUUGAGUUUGAACUGGUUUUGAGGAUGGCACACUUGGCAUUGCUCUAGGAUCUUUCUGCACAUGCUUUUAGGUGACAAAAGACUGCAAAGAAAAGGCUGUGUGGAAUGUCCUCGCAUGGAGAUAGAUUUGACGUGUUUUAUGCAAAUAACCUUGCCACACUCAUUUAAAAAUACUCAGUUAAGAACAAAUUCAUGUGCUUACAUAAAUUAGGUGGAAACAAUCGUGAGAAGUGUUCCUGUGCUUACAAAUACAAAAGAAUCCCUGCAGUUUUAAGUGAAUGAGACCCAGUGUCUUGUGCUUCAUUCGUGAGCAGACCCUCAAGGAAUCUGCAUUGCUGUUACAUUUACUCUACAAAGUUGCCCCAUGCCUUGCGUGUACACACUUUGCAUUAUUUGAUAAUGCUUUCAGCUAUCAAUAAGAGUGUUCCAUUUCACGCAAUUUAUUCUGCAGAUUUUUUUUCUUAAAAUGUGAAAAAGUCUGCCGAUUCCAUCUGGGCCUUCUUAUGAGUUGCAGAAACCAUGUAAAGUUGUUUUAAUUGUUUUGUGUGUGUGAGAGAGAGAGGGAACUGAUAGAAUAUACUCUUCCAGUAACGCCUCCUGAAGAAGUGAACAAUGAACAUGAUGUGAACAGGGAAUUAUGUUAUAAAGCCUUGCUUAAGAUUUCCGAUAUAGCUGUGACAACUGACUACAACCACCUUAACCCUGUGCGCGUUAUAUGCACUUAACACAGAAAGACUAUGGAACUGUGUUCUCCAAUCAUGGAAAUGAACCCGUGAGCAGUACCAAUGAAGCUGAAAAAACUCACAGAGCAAGGGAAUGAUCUCUGUUGCUAUAUUCCCAAUGUCAAGUUUUCCCUGCUUGGAAAAAAGCAAAGUCGCUGUUGAAGGGAAUUCCUACGGUGCUAUUCAGUGUCUCAAAAACACGACAGGUCCCACGAGGCAAUGCUCCAGCCAUUCAGUGAAUGCGAUGGUGCAAUGGAGAGGCAGCGUUGAAAUAAUGUGUGCUCAUCAACACAGAAAGAACACUGACAAAAUACUCACAGCAUUGACAGCACUAGUGUUGUGGAGGAACAAUUAUUGCCUUAGAACCAAAAUGUACAUUGUUGAACAUGUUUCUGUAGAUUUUUUUUUUUUUUUUUUUUUUCAAAUUAUUAUAUUUUAUUUGAUAUUAAGUUUAAAGAACUUGAACCUUUAUGUUAAGAAAUUUAAAUCGUCUGACCUGAAGCCAUCCCCUUCUGUCCAGUCACACACACACACACUUGUCUGCAUAUAUGCUUAUACAUGAUCAUGUGCACACACACACACAAACUAAUGUUACAAUAAUCUUAAUGCUUUAAAGUCAGCAGUAAGACUGUGUGAACUGUGACGUAUGUGAGCAUCUAUUGGUCUGUGUGUGUUACACAGCACAGGCCAUGUGACUGUAUUUCUGUAUGUGCCAAGUUCCUGAUGAUUCCACUCUAGAUGAUCUAUGAGAACUAUGACGUAUGACAAUGUGAAACAUGAUUUAUUCACCUGUUAUAUAAUCAGCCUAAUGAUGAAGGACUCUUCACUCUCAACAGUGAUUAAACUCAUGUC